AUGUCAAAAUGUCGACUUCAGCCUCAGAAAGAAGCUGCAGUUCGCCGAGAGUCGCCUUUGGGCGAGGCUGUGCGCCCUCCCGGCCUCCAAAUACGGCCGCAUUGCCCAUCGGCCGAGCCGGUUCCUCGCUACCUUCACUCGUUCAAACUUCGUCUCCUGUUCCUGACCAAUCAAAACCUCAUCAUCAUGUCGCCGAAUGAGACCUCCAAACCACAGGUGCUCAUGCAACUCGGGAUGCUCAACGCAGCCCUUCAGAUGAUGGUAAACCAGUGCGGUUCAAUUAAGGACGCAGCAAAUCAGCUGGAGGUCUUCUCAGUUGUUGCCAAGCACCUCCCGUCCCUGGUUGAUGUCUUCAGCUCCAUCCAAAAGCGCUUGGACUUAGGUACUGCAGAGGCCGAUGACGCUGGGAUUAGUGACAAGUACUCCGUCAUUCGCCAGGCAGCGCUUGUGUGUUGCGAGCGCAGUGGAGAUCUCCAAGGGCUCUUCCAUGCGGUCGGCGAGAGCCGAAACAAGACUGAAGCUUAUCGCAGCGCCGUGGAAUGUGGCAAAGGGGAGCCGUUGGAGAUGGUGAUGAUGGACAUGCUCCAGAACGCCAUCAGCGUAGCCACGCCCCCACUCGUCGAGGACGAACAAAUCACGGCGCUGAACAAUGCGCUGGAAGAAAUCAAGAAACUCCCGCCUUCUCUGGGAAACGAGCCUCCGAGCGCCCGUAUUACUCUUCACAACCACGGCGCAGGGAACCAGUUCUACCACGGCGGCAAGGGCAACAUGAACCAUUGUUCGGGCGGGUUUCAGGUCACUGGCAAUAACCAUGGUGCGACGUAUAACCACGGCCCGAUGGGGAACAAAUAA